AAUCUUUUCUCGAAAUACAAGUCGUCUCGUUUCAAACAUUGCCACGGAAAAAUGUAAAAAAGAAAGAAAAAAUAAAACCUCCGCCCCCUCCCAUUUCUUUUUAGUAUUUUAAUUUCACCAAUUUUUUUAACCCUAGAAGCCGUGAAGCUCUACGAAUCGGAACCCUUAAUUCGCCCGGAAUUCUCCAAAUCUUCCUUCUUCUUCUUCUUCGACGCGGUCUCCAAUCCUGUCGUCGUCCCGCUUGAUCCUGUGCCCUAAAUCUCCCCAAACGAGCAGCGACUUCGAUCCGAAUUGUGGUUUCUCAAUCCGCUCUGCCGGCCCUGGAGGUCCCGCUUCGAAGCCAGGAGUGGAGGUUUCUCGGGAUUGGGGCGCCUCAGUGUUGUUUUCUCAACUUUGGCUGGCACCUGCGAGCAAGAGUACGUUCGCGUCUUUAGAUGUCCCCUUCGCCUAUCUUCUCAAGUUACAGAGUGAAGUUCGUGAACUGAGGAAUUCUAGGUUUUGUUUGUGAACUCCGUUUCUGCUGGUGUCUGGUCUAAGCUGCUGCAACUGUGUCAUUGUGAAUGGCGAGCCCUAGUGCUCGCAAGGAUAAUACAGGAACGGGUCUGUGAUCUGAACUGAAUCAUUGCAUCUGACUUUAAACAAGUAAUUGGGUUACCGUCAUCAGUUCUGCUGUGCUGGAGGUGGCGGCGGCAACAGCGUGAGCUGGGAAAUGAGGUUGGCAAGGGAAGAGAGAUGACUAGGCUUUCGUUCAGGCCUCGGCCACUUGACAUUCACAAGAAGCUUCCCAUUGUCAAAUCCAUUAAAGAAUUUGAGGAAGAUGAGACACUUGUCACAGCUGCAUCCACCCGCAACUCACAGCUGCUCUGGACUGCAGUUGAGAAUGAGAAUGAGGUGCAUCAAACUCGUAGCAAGGCAAGUUCUCAAGAAAUACCUACCCCCCAGUUCAUUGUUGUGGACACAUACGAAAGAGACUAUGCUUGCACCUUCACACAAACCACAUCAUAUAUACGUGGAAGAGGAGCUCGGGCUGAGAUUGGUGAAUUUGUUGAAUAUGACCUGGAUAAUGAAGAUGAUGAAUGGCUUGAAGAGUUCAACCAUGAUAAGAUGACUCUUACACCUGAAAAAUGUGAGACCAUUUUGUUCAAGUUGGAGGUUAUGGAUUAUAAAGCUCGAGAACGAGCAGGAGUCAUAACACCUACUUUUGGAUCACCGAUUCCUGUUCUUUUACAACUUGAUGCAGCAGCAGAGGCUUUACAAUUCCUAUCUGUACGAUAUCCGGUAUUCCAGUCUGUAUAUAGCUAUUGGAAAGCAAAGCCUCCUCCACCAGUUAAUGAUUCAAAUCCUUAUAAUGUAUUCAGACCGAGGGAAAAGGCACACCGUCUUCACAUGAGAAGGAUGCAAAGGAGGGAAAACAAUGUGCAGUCAUUUGAAAAACUUCGCCAGGUCAGGCAUAACUUGGACCAGGCAAAGAAAGUGCUAAGAUCUUUGAUUAAGAGAGAAGAAAAGAAGCGGGAGAUUGUUGAGUGCAAGGUCAAAAUUCAAAGAAUCCAGAUUAAGUAUAAGCAUGAGGCAUAUCUCAUUGAAGAUGGAUUCCGAAGCUUCCAACAACUUUCAAGCAAAUUUACAUCAAGUGAAGAGGUUUAUGUUGAUUCAGAUGACACAAUUAAUGGUCAUCAGGAUGUUAUCUCUGCCACUGUCCAUCCAAAGUUUGCAGAUUUCAAACUUGUUGCAGUCCCUACAGUACGAAUGAAACGGGAGCUGAAGCAGAGGACUCUGUCAAAUGGGCGUACAAGAAAGAGGGACUUGUAUGAGCCAGUCAUGCUGUUCACCGAAUCUUUGGAUCCAGACAAGCUUGCUGUUGCAGGCAUUGUGCCACCAGUACUACCUGCUGAGGAUAGCUCAGUUGCACCACCAUACCAAUUCCAUGGUCGGAUUGGUCGUGGAGGGCGCAUCAUCUUUGAUCGAUGGAACCCUCUUUUUGAAGCUCCAAUUGGCCAGGAGAGCUCACUCUAUCUACCACCAAAUCCAGUGCCUCCCUCACCGAUUGGCUGAACACUUGCACUGCAGAAGGCUAUUGGCUGAUGACUCGUGGAGGAGCAGGAGCUUGUUGAAGCUGAGCAUGUUCAAUUGCUAGUUAAUGUACAAUUAUUUACUAAUUUCCAAAUUGAAAGCCAGUGCGUUAUUUUCCUCGUAUCUCGUCUCAUUUUUUGAUCCGUAAGUGUGCAAUCCGAUGCCAUAUUGCUAUUUAGUUUAUUGCUGAUGAAUAUUUGCCUUGUAAUUUUCCUCAACUUUAUGGCUAGAACGACUAUGUGCUUUGUUUG